AGAAUAGCCAGAAUAGUAUAAGUAUGCGCUGAAAGAAGCAGUAAGAGAUCGUAAAAGAGAGAUCAAGCUAGAGAUGGAGGAAGCAGCAAAGGUAAAACUCAAGGAUGGCGAUGAGGAAUUAGAAGGUGGGAUUCUUCCAGGGUUUCGGUUUCAUCCAACAGACGAAGAACUUGUUGGGUUUUAUCUGCCGGUUAAGGUGGAGAAGAAGAAGAUUAGUACUAGAACUUCUACUAGGUUGGAUCAACUCAUCAGGCAGAUUGAUAUCUACAAGUAUGAUCCCUGGGAUCUUCCAAUUAGCACUGUGGGAGACAGAGAGUGCUACUUCUUUUGCAGGAGAGGGAGAAAAUACAGAAACAGCGUAAGACCUAACAGAGUCACAGGGUCUGGAUUUUGGAAAGCAACCGGCAUCGACAAACCCAUCUAUUCAGCUGAAGAACCUCUCGAGUGCAUCGGCCUCAAGAAAUCGUUAGUUUACUACCGAGGGAGUGCAGGCAAAGGCACCAAAACUGACUGGAUGAUGAACGAGUUUCGCCUUCCACCAAAUGGGAAAAGUGCCACCAACUUCCUCAAUGCCAAAGACAAUACAGAAGAAGCUGAAGUUUGGACACUGUGCAGAAUAUUCAAAAGAAUCCCAUCUUACAAGAAAUACAUACCAAAUUGGAAGCAGGAAGAAGCCACAUCAACCAAGCAUAACCCUAACCCUACCGACUUAAAUUCAAAAACAUGCAGCUUCGAGUCCGAGAACUGCAGUACUCAUGAUCCAUAUUCGAGCCUCGAAGAUGUCUCUGUAGUCGACAUUCAAAAAAUUAAUGAAAGAAAGCCAGUAGUUGUGGAACAAGUCCAUCAUGGUGAAACAAAUAAUCACUGGUUUCAUGGAUCAGGGCAGUUCGGUUCUCUAGCUGAUGGACAUCCUCAAGAGGCUAAUUCAUUCACAACGUCUUAUAAUGGUUCAUCCUUCAUGAGAAAUGAGCUCUCUUUACGUUCAAGCGAAACCGAUGAUUUCUUUACAGAUGGAAGCUGCUGGGAUGAGUUGAGACCAGUAGUUCAAUUGGCGAAUGGCUGUGGAUACAUCCACCAAGUUUAUGACGACUGUGUAUAGAUAAGCAGAUCGAUCUUCAUUUGGGAGUCGAUCUCCUUUGAUUUGAGACCAUCUUUUAUUUCCUGUUCAUAGGAAUUUAGACAAUAUUAAUAAGAAUGUAGUUACAGAUCGACGUUGUUUCAUAAUUUAUAUUAAUGUACAAAAUCUUAAAAU